AUGGCGACAGGACAUAUAAUGCUUGUUGGAUAUAUACUGUUGUUUUAUACAUUUAACGCAGCAGCUGAUGCUGCCAGUGAAGAUUUCUUCAAUCAUGUUCUCUCUGAAUUGUCCAGUUUGAAGGUCAAGGUCAGUGAGUGUGAAGAGGGGUUAAGCAAACUGCAUGUUAAAGUUUCCACUAACAAGUUCAAGGCGGCUGAAAUCUAUGAACGAAGAUUUGCAGAAAUGGAGGACAGACUUUUCACUGUUGAACGAAAGCUUAAAACUACAGAGGAGUUCUACAAGACAAACAUCGCGGAAAUGGAGAAUUUACUUCUUGCAACUAAAAACAAAUUUAAAGCAUUUGAAAAUUGUGACCACGCCAUAAACACUAUGUCUACAUUAGCCGUGAAUACCGAUAGAGUGGAACUAGCUAAACCAGAGGUUAACACUUCCGCAUCUAAAGACGAGCUUAAAAAUACUGAAAAUGCAUUUUCGAAGUUAGAAUAUGAAAGUCAUAGUAACGAAACCUCCAUACAACAAGUAAAAAACCUCUUCAAAUCAGACAAAAUGGAUCCUAUCAAAAGAGAAGAGUCUAAACUUCCACUUCUGAAGCGACUUCUGUGCCCUGCAGUCAGUGACCGUGUUGCUUUUACCGCCUAUCUGUCAGACCAUGCCUCCGGUCUUGGCAGAGACCACACUAUUCCAUUUGACAAAGUUCUGCUGAAUGAAGGUCAAGCAUUUGAUACCGUACUACAUGUCUUCAUAUGUCCAGUCAACGGGACGUACGUGUUCCAGUCAGCACUAAUGAGUUCUCACACUGAACAUAUUCAGACCGAAAUCGUUAAAGAUAACAAUGCUCUUGUUAGAAUGUAUGCAGCUGGGGCGACUGGAAGUCAUGGGUUUGACCAGGGCUUCAAUUCAGCAAUUGUACAAUGCUACAAGGGUGAGAGAGUGUGGGUUAGAGUCCGAAAUCGUUACGGUACUGAAGUAUUUAGUGCGCUAUUUUCCUCAUUUUCUGGUUACAUUCUAUGGAAUAUAUAA